AUGUCCGUUUUCCCCCGAUCUACCGCUAUGGCCACGAUCGGUGCGCGAGAUGGCGUUAAAUGGCUUAGCGGUCGGGGUCGUUCCAAUUUCCCGGGAAUGGCUCAUUUCAGCGGGCCGAAGCAGGGGGCCAGACAAAUCUCAACCCAAAUUUACUCCGAUAGACCAACUCGUCAAGGAAACCUAGCUUUGUUCUAUCCCCAUUCCCUUCUCUCCCCCCCAUCCGAAAAGCUUGCGGCGGCUCGGCGGCUUGGCACAGCUGUGCUCGGCGGGCCGGCGGUUGUUUCGCUGCAAGCCGAAGGCAGCGACGGGCGAAGCGGCAAGACGGCGACCGGGGCUCCAGGCAGCAAGCUGCGACCCACAACAAGGGGCCUCUGCACCACGAUGUCGUCUCAGCCGGUUCCAACUGCCAGUCCAUCAACAACAGAUAGAACACGUACCUCCAUGGACGACAACAUGGUCCCUGGAGAAAGCGAGGUGGUGUGCGUCGACUUCUGGGCCAACCUGUUCGGCAUGCGGGUUCUGAUCGCGCUGCGCGAGCUAGGCGUGUCGUUCGAGUACAUCGAGGAGGACCUCCGCGUCCGCGAGAGGAGCGACCUGGUCCUGCGCAUGAACCCGGUGCACCGCAUGGUGCCCAUCCUCAUCCACCGUGGCCGUCCCAUCUGCAACUCCAUCAACAUCCUUGAGUACAUCGACGAGGUCUGGGGUCACCGUCAUGCCGAAGCAGGUGGAACACAGUUGCUCCCUGCCGACCCGCUGGAGAGGGCUUCCGCCCGGUUCUGGGCCGAUUUCGUUGACCACAAGGUGUUCAACACGGAGAUGAGGCUGUUCAAGAGCAAAGGUGAUGGUGAGAAAGAAGCCGCAAAGGGGGAGCUAAUCCACCAAAUCAGGCAACUCGAGGGCGUGCUUGGAGACAAGAACUUCUUCUCCGGCGAUGAGUUCGGAUUUCUGGACAUCGUCAUCAUCCCGUUAUCGAGCAUGUUUCGAGCGUACGAACAACAAGGAAAGUUUGUUCUUGAGGUGGAGUGUCCCAAGCUGAUGCGGUGGGAGAAGCGGUGCAAGGAGAGGGAGAGCGUCAAGAGUACUCUUCCAGAUGAGGAGGAGGUGUACAGGAUGCACAAGAAGUGGUACGGCAUAGAGUGA